AUGGCCGGCGGUGUUAGGAGGCUCUCGGAGGUGCUGCGGGAGCAGCAGGAGCCGUUCCUCCUUCAGGGAGAGCCCUGCUGCUCCGUCAACAACAAGGGCGUCAGGGCUUCGUGGGGCCGGGCCGUGAGGAGGGCGCUGCCGCGGUGGCGGUCUGACGGCCUCGCCGUCGGCUGCUUCCCCUGCGCCGCCCGCAAGCGCGAGAGCUUCCGCCCGCUGUCGCGCGCCGGCCACGCGCACUGCGACGACGACGCGAGGCGGCUCAGCCCGGUGUCCGUCCUGGACGUGCUGCGGUGCUCCGACGACGAGGAGGAAGCGUCGUCGUCGCCCACGCUCAGCGACUGGGAGGAGGAGGAGGACGACAAGCCAUCGUCGACGGCAGGCAGCUCGCCGCCACCCGACAAGAAGGAGGAGUCGGAGGAGGAGUGGAGGAAGGUGGUCUCGUCGUGGGAGAGGGUCGCGGGGGACAUCGCAAGGGUCCCCGUGCUUGCGCAGCUGGACCUGUUGAGCUCCAUGUCGGCGAGGGAGUGGGAGUGGCACGGGGAGGCGGAGGCAGAGCGGGUGGGCGCGAGCGUGGAGGCCAUGAUCUUCGAGGAGAUGAGCGCGGAUGCCGUGCGCGACAUGGUCGACCUGUAG